AUGGAGAUGGACCAAACACCCAGAUCAAAUCAAGAAAGGGAUGGCUUUUUAACGACUCAAAAAGCAUGUUUCGAGUUAAAAAUUGGAAUGAAAGUUAAUAGUGAUCAAGAAGCUUAUGACAUGUACAAUGCAUAUGCAUUUGAUAUGGGUUUUAGCAUUCGGCGAGAUGAUUUAAGUUACAAAAGAGAUACGAAAGAAGUGAUUCGAUGUACUUAUGUGUGUUCAAAAGAGGGGUUCAGAGAAUUUAGUGAUCAUAGCGAAGAAAAGAAGUGUAACCGGUUAGAUAGUAGAUGUGGCUGCAGCGCACGGGUUAUUUUUAAAGUGGAAAAUGGUGUCUAUGAAAUCAGUCAGUUAGUGGCUGAGCAUAAUCACCCUUUGAUUGAAUCAGAUCAAAGACAUUUGCUAAGGUCUACACGUAAAAUACAUGAUACAAGUAAGGGUGUUAUCAAAUCCAUGGUUGAUGUUGGUAUAAGGGUGAGCAAAACUUAUGCAUACAUGUUAAAUAAAUCUGGUGGUUAUAAAAGUAUUGGGUACACGGAGACUGAUUGUCAUAAUUUUGUGCAAGUUGAACGAUCAAAGAGGAUUGAAGCUGGUGAUGGUCAGAGUGUAAUGAAUCAUUUCAAGCACAUCUAA